UAUGAUAAUGCUAAAUGUACUAAAACUGAGCAGGGUUUUAGAACGUGCGACAUUUUACAAACGGCGCCCCAUAUAAAUCUGCAGUCAUGGACGUUCCUAAACCUUUUAUGUUGACAUUUGACCAAGAUAAUGGAUUGGUGGAAUGAAAGUAGCGGUAAGUCAGACUGACACACGGAUGCUGUGGUAGUUUCAGAUAUCUUAAAGGAAACUGCGCUUUUGCUGAGUCGUUGCUGGUGCUCUUCUAUCGGGGAAGAAACAGUUGAUGCCAUUUUCACGAAUCUCAAGUGCCAUUUCGAAUUAGAAGGUGAACUGAUGCAGUACAAUUCAUCAAAUGAUUUCAUUCAGCGCUAUACUUUUACUCUGGGGUACCUUCGAUCGCUUUGGGUCUGCCUAUGAAGUGUCUGUUCGUCAGACCCCACACGUUAUAAAUGUUGCCGAGGGCGCAAACGACAACAUAACCUGUCAUUUUUAUAUCCCAGAUAAUACUCUUGAUAAAAUGCGCGUCGCUAUAACCUGGAAAAAAGAUAAUGGAACCAAAGUACAUUUUGAGACCAUGGACUUACACCAUUCAAAUACUUCUUCCAGUGUUCUGCAGUUUCACUCAUUGCUUCGGAGUCAGAGCGGGUUGUACACGUGUGAAGUGAAGAUUGAAACACCUAAGCUCUGGAAAGGUCAAGGAAAUGGUACCUAUGUUACAGUCACUGAUGGAAUUACCGUUCUUCAGGAGCCGCACAAGUUGCAGGUUUCUGAAGGCGCAAGUGUGAAUAUGACCUGUAAUUUCAGCAUCCAAACUGUACGUAAUGCCACAAUGUUGGCGGACGUAACCUGGAUUAGAAUACAUGUCAACCGAUCGAAGAUCCAUUUUGAAAGGAUACACUUUCAACUGGCUGCCUCUUCAAGUUUACAGCUUCAUUCAAUGCGUUUGAAUGAAAGUGGUUUGUACAUAUGUGAAGUGAACAUCGUAUCACCAAAACUCUUGAAGGGGAAGGGGAAAGGAACUCACGUUGUGGUGACAGCAAUCAAACCCGGGUGGCCAGGCAACCUGGCAGCUGCAGGUGUUAGCCUGUUUGGUCUGCUGGCGAUUAUGGUUGUAAUAGCCAUAAUUUCCAAAAAACGUCGAGGAAACAGCCAAGUCAGUGUGAACAGGGCAGAAAAUGAUCAACAGGCUGAGGUCCCCGAGGUUACUUAUGCAUCUAUCAACAAACAAAGGACCCACAGCUCUAAAAACCAACAGAGGACGGAGGACAAAAAACAGAGCCAGGAUUCCACUAACGAGGAGCAAGUUAUCUAUUCUGCUAUCCAAAUAAAACAUGCAGAUUAGAUGAGCCAUCAUCACAUCACAUCUAUUUUACAGUGAUAAAAUAGCCUGUGUGUUUGUUAAAUUAUGUGAAUGUUAAUAGCUGACAUAAUAUGGGCUUUAAAUAUUGUAUUGAUAAAUACUAUACUAGUAAACAAGAAAGAGAGAGAUGUUUGUGUAUGAAUAGGAAGGCACUUGUAAUAAAUGUGAAUUGAAGAUAUCUCAUUCUAAUGUAAUUCAGGCUCUGGGCUCUGUCAAGCGCUUAGAGACUAUUUCAAAUGUUACUGGCACUAUAUACAUUGAAAGAUAUACACUUUUGAGGAUCUAACACUUUAAGGAAGUCACCCUCUGAAGGAACUCAUCUUAACAGUAUGAAACAGCAUGUGGGGCCACAGUAGCCACAAUAACAAGGUUCCUCCUGACAAAUCACAAUGAUCAAGAUCAGCCUGUGAACCAGACUGUCCAGAUACAAGAUUAUGUCUUUCCCUAUGUUAUUUCUGGAGUUUGUUCAGGUUCAGAAGCCAACCAUUUUCUUUGCUACAGGUACCUUGUAUGAGAAGUUAAAAGAAGAGUUUGCAAAACGAUUGUCAUGUUUACAAAAAUAUUGUAAAUUGAAUUUGAGGGAGAGGUGAAAAUAAAGUAAUUGAAAUUAAGUAAUUGUGUGUGUGUGCGCUCAUCUGUGUGUGUGCGUGCGCCUGUAUGUGAAUGUAUGUGUUUCAGAGAGAGAG